UGUUUGCUCAGCAGGAUGUCUCUGAGCAACCCAAACACUCCGCAUGUGUGUUGUUAUGUGCCUGGCAGAGAGGAAAGCUGACAGAAGGCCUUGAUCAACCGAGAACCUCAGCAGUUGCCUGUGGUGCACGCAACAAAUUGUCGGUCACCAUCCUGGGCUCAGUUCGGCCAGCCACAUUUUUGGUGGGAGAAUGAACGCAGCCUCUUCCUUCAGAUGUGCCCCUACGGGUCCUGACCCACUCUGGAGGUACCUUACAGAGCAUGACCCCAAGUACGAAGGGAAGAAGAAACUGAAGAUCUCUGGCAGAGAGCUGGCAGCGGUUCCUGAGCAGGUCUUUGGCUUGGACCAGCUGCAGGUCCUGGAGAUGAGCCCAGAACGAGAGAGCUGCCUGAGGCACCGCCUGGAGCUGCUCCCCCGAGACAUCAGCCGCCUGAAGAACCUCACCCUCCUUUACAUGGACUCCAACAACCUGAAGGCCAUUCCUGCCGAAAUCGGCUCUCUGAGGCACUUGGAGAGGCUCACCCUGAGCAACAACCGCCUGAGCUCCCUGCCCCCUGAAAUGGCGGCGCUUCAGAGGCUGCGCAGCCUCCACCUGGCCAACAACGGCCUGGUCGAACUGCCUGCCCCCCUCUGCCAGCUGAGGGGCCUCACCUUUCUGGACGUGAGCGACAACAAAAUCCGCACAAUCCCCUCCGGCAUCCAGCAUCUGGAGAAACUGGAAACGUUGUUAUUGCUCUUCAACUCCCUGGAGAGCCUGCCCGAGGAUAUCUGUGUUUUAAGGAACCUGCACACACUUUGGCUGGGAAAUAACCAUUUACGGGCCCUUCCGGCAAGAUUUGGGGAGCUGGUGAACCUGGACUGGGGAUACAAUUACUGCUCAUGCAAUUUUGAGGGGAAUCCACUGGAAAGUCCUCCCCCUGAAGUCUGCAGCAGAGGCCCUGAGGAGAUCAGAGACUACUUCUUGUCGCUUCAUAGGGCGCAGAGAGAAUAGACAACUGGUGCCAGUCCUCCUCAGGUGACUGAGAUGGAAUUAUUCUGUGCAAAUCAUCUGCACAAGAGAAAUGUGUUUCAGGUGGAAAAGUGGUGAAAUCACUCUGUGGAGCUCCAAAGCUUGGUCUCUGCUGUACCGUGAUUUCUCUGGCAGUCUGUUUUUUGACACCAGUACUGAGUGAUGGUCUAUACCUUUCAAAAAUUAUUUCAGGGACAGCUAUAAUCUUUUCUAGUUUUUGUAGUUGUAUAGAUCUAUCUCAGGAAAUGUAACUAUACAUUCAAUCUGAGAAUAUGAACAGUAUCUAGUCUGAGAGGAUAGAGUCAGGUAAGCACCUCGUGGCUGUAAGUGGCAAUAAUGUUUUAGUAGUUUGCACACUGGGUCGGUGCUUGAGUCUGGACUUCCAUUAGGUGCAGUCUGAGAUUUGUGGAAGUGUUUAUGACUAUACAGACUCAUGAAUUUGGAUUUAUCUUGAGGUGGCCCAGAAUCUCAUUACUUUCCAUGGCAUUUUGCAGUUUUGCAUCCAACACAAA